AGAGUGCUCACAGCAUUACACGCAUCUCGCGGUAAUACGCAGCGUGUUCAAUUAAUCAGAAGCCGGCAGUCGCGUGCGGACGCAAGAAUCUUCUCGACGAAGAGGACCAGACGGUUGAUUUUCCCUUAUCAAGUUGCGUGGAAGAUAUUUAUUUCACAAAAAUGAAACGGUUUGCACACUAUAUUUGCCUGGCUAUAUUAGUGACGGCGGUCUCUGCGAGAUCGGCCGAAACUAAUCCCACAUCCAAUUCCAUUAACGAACAACAAACCGCAAGGUCAAGUGGCAUCGGCGUACUUGGAGAGCUACGUUACGUCUAUCAAGUGUACAAAGAAUGUGCCGGCGCGGAAUUGAGUCCAUGUCUGAAGUUGAAGCUUUUAUCGGCCAUGGAUAGGAUCUCUCGGAACGUACAAUUGAAUGUAGCGGAUGGCGUUACUCUAGUUCACGACGAAUCAACUGCCAACGAAUCUGAGCCAGAAAAAUCUCUGCAGGAAAUUGAAGCCAGUUUACCGCGAUCGUUAGAGGACAAGGACGAUGCUCUCAAUGGCAUGAUUUUCGAUAGGAUUAUCAAAUUCUUUCAAAGUCACACCCUGAAGCUAAAAUUGCCAAAUGUGGAAGAACUCCAACGUAGCUUCUCAGAGGAAGGUCGCAAGAAGAAGAAUAAAUUGGGUGGUCUUCUCGCCAUUCCUCUGUUAAUUGGCGGCACAUUAGUACCUUUAGCUCUAGGCGCUCUCGCACUGUUGGCUGGCAAAGCGCUGAUAGUGAGCAAACUUGCGUUAGUACUCGCUGCUAUCAUCGGAUUAAAGAAACUUGUGUCAGGCGGUCACGACCAUGGACACGAAGUCGUUCAAGUCGGAGGACACGGAUCGAGCGGAUGGGGAAGAUCUGGACACGAUCUGGCCUACUCCGCGUACAAACCAACGUCAACUUAGAAAAGGAACAAUUUUACAAACGUCAUUGUGGCAUCUCUUCAAUCUCAUUUCUUUCUUCCUCUCUCUUUCUCUCUUUCUCUAACUCCUCACGAAAUAUUUUCUUCUCUGUUCUUCGCGCGUAACUCUUAUUUAUUUUUCAUCCUGUGAAUAUAAUUCGAUCUCUUCUCACUGUAUUCUCCUGCUGUGUUCACUUUAUGAUCAUUGCACACACGAGAGAACGCUCCUACACGGAUCAUCCUCAGUAUUUAUUGUUGCACGCGUAUAGCGAUACGCUCACCGCGUCACAUGUGUGAACACAAUUAUGUAUGUAUAUUUAUA